AUGAUUAUAACGUCCCUGCUAAUCGGCAUUCGAAUCGGUAUGUCUAAACUUCCCAAUGAGCAUACCAUCGUCUACCAGACGACUCUCACGACAUCCACAUCAACAGGAGGUACUGUCACAGUAACACCAGAAAUGACGUACAUCAUAACGACAGCUCAGACGAUCCCGGGUCGAACGACACCUACAGCUACGGUGUCUUUCAUCAAAGCGCCUACUAGUCUCACGACAGUGGCUUCUCCGCAGAAGACCUGUACUAGCAAAGGUAGUUGGCCAACGAUAGAAGAAUGCAGGGGAAAUUGUGAUGUGCCAGGAAAACGGUCAGUGUGUGGAAAGUGGACCGGAGGAUACACGUGUGUGAUAUGUCCGCUUACGGAUGCUAAUGCUUUCUUCUCUUCUCUGUGA